GAUUAUUUAUUGUAGGACGGGUUCUUGCCGGAGUGUGGAAAUUCGACGUUUUUAUUUUUCAUGUCUUUUGAUAAUUGUUUUUGAGUUAAAAAUAUGAUGGAGGGUUCAUUAAGUAAGUGGACUAAUGUGAUGAAAGGAUGGCAGUACCGCUGGUUCGUGCUAGACGAGAGUGCUGGCCUGCUGUCUUACUAUACGUCUAAAGAAAAGAUGACACGGGGCGUGCGUCGCGGCUGUGUCAGACUUCGCGCGGCGGUGAUCGGCAUCGAUGAUGAAGACGACUCCACCUUCACCAUCACUGUCGACCACAAGACCUUCCACUUUCAGGCACGAGACGGUUCAGAAAGAGAGAGAUGGGUGCGAGCGUUAGAAGACACAAUAUCGAGGCACGGUAGAAGGGAACGUUGGUCCCGCAGUAUGCCAGCGCCGAGACACCGCCACGGCGACCUGGAGAGGCGGAUAUCUGAGGCGGACGCUUACUUGCAGAUCAUGAUCGAACUGGUCAAUAAAAUGAGCACGCGCGUAUCCGAGUUGGCGGAUCCUCACGAGAAGAGUAAAGGGCAGGUCAUUCUAGACCAUUCCAAUGCAAUGUUGGAUAAUAUAAAACAUUCCAUAGUGCUUCUUCAAAUAGCUAAGAAUACAGUAAAUCCAAUUAACGGUAUAUAUCAAGGACCGACAAAUACACAGGCACAUAUCAAGCAAGAUGCGGAACUAUCGCCACGCGUGGAACUUGGAGCUGAAUGCAGUGAAUUAACAACUUCUACACGAAGUAUGCCGUUAGAAGACAUAGCGGCUACAAGACCCAUGUCACUCUUCGUGCCGGACACUUCGUACUCGUCUUCGGAAGGCGAGGAUGACUUCUACGACGCUGAUGAUGAACCUGUCGGCACCACGCCGCCGGGGCCAAGCGCAAGCCGCACUGUCCCGGCGGAAGGCUCGAUCGAGCAAGACUCGACGCAGCCCGCCGUCGACCUCCCGCGCACUAGAGACGGAGAGAUAGACUAUGACGCCCUCUACGAGGACGAAUCGGACAAUGACCUCGGCUCUAUGGAGAACCACGGGUCGGUGGUCACACAUCUAUUGUCGCAGGUCAAGAUUGGCAUGGACCUCACCAAGGUCGUGUUACCAACGUUCAUCUUAGAAAGGCGAUCGCUUUUAGAAAUGUAUGCGGACUCGUUCGCACAUCCGGACCAGUUUGUUAAGAUAGUGGACCAGCCGACGCCCCGAGACCGCAUGGUCCAAGUGGUCAGGUGGUACCUGAGCUCGUACCACGCGGGCCGCAAGUCCCAGGUCGCCAAGAAACCCUACAACCCCAUAUUGGGGGAGAUCUUCAGGUGUCAUUGGGACCUGGACGGUGCUGAAACUACCAAUGCUAACACAGAAAAGCAAGAAGUAGGCGACGGUCCAGUCCCCUGGUGCAGUCCAGAGCAACUGUCAUUUGUAGCUGAACAAGUGUCCCACCACCCGCCCAUAUCAGCUUUCUACGCGGAACACGUCAACAAGAGGAUACAGUUCGAAGCCUGGGUGUGGACUAAGAGCAAGUUCUUAGGACUGUCCAUUGGAGUCCACAAUAUUGGCAGGGGAACUGUGACGCUUUUGGACACAGGGGAGGAGUAUACGUUGACUUUUCCCAAUGGUUAUGGCAGAUCAAUAUUAACAGUCCCCUGGAUCGAACUGGGCGGUUCUGUCGUCAUCGAAUGCCCGCAGACUGGCCACAGAGCGAACAUUGAGUUUCUAACGAAACCUUUCUACGGCGGGAAGAAACACAGAGUCACUUGCGAAAUAUACGCGGGGAAUGACAAGAAGGCGUAUUAUACUGCGCAGGGGGAGUGGAACAGUAGGAUGGAUGGACGGUGGACUGAUUCCGGGCGCUCGGAAGUGCUGUUCGAAGUGUCGUCCAUGAAGCCGCGGCGCAAGCGCGUGGCGCCCGUGUCGCGGCAGGCGGCGGGCGAGUCGCGGCGCGUGUGGCGCCACGUCACGUGCGCGCUGCGCGCCGCCGACACCGACGCCGCCACCGCCGCCAAGCGCGCCGUCGAGCAGGCGCAGCGGGAUGCCGUGAAGGCGAGGGAGGCUGGAGCUGAGAAGUGGGUCACGCAGCUAUUCAGUCCCAAAGGCGAGGACGGUUGGGAAUAUAAUUCUCCGCUGAAGAAACGUCUCGACAAACAGACGCCCCAACACAAGACCGCUGACAACUCGGACGCGAGAUAAUGUGAUAAGUGACUGUACAUUUGGACUCUCAGUAUACAUAGAAGUGACAGCUAUAUUUUGGUUUCCAUAGUUGAGAACCUGAUUCUGUGAUCAAGAGGUUUGGUGUAUAUAUAUA